UGGGGGCGGGGGGCGGCGGGGGCCAGCCCGGGACCCGCAGUGCGCUCUCCACCGGAGAUUACGGUACCUGCGCUCGGUUCCCGCCCCGGCUUCCUGCCCUGGGGUUCUCGGGCGCAGUCGUUCCCGGCAGUGAGCUCAGCCUGACCCCGAUCUGCGGUCCCGCCCCCCGCCCGGCACCCUGGGCCGCGACACCUGCGCGAGGAGGCGCCCAGCGCCGAGCUGGUCCGACUGGUUCUGAGCAGGAAGCCGGCCGCCCUCGCUCCGCGCCGCCCGGGCGUCGCUCCUGCGGUCCGAGCCGCCGUCUGUCCAGCGCACCGGGGCUGGGGCGGGGACGAGGGCGGCGAUCCGGGAGCCCACACCCCGGGGCCGCUCCCGGCGGCAAAUCAGCGCGCGCCGGGGUGCGGGCGGGGGAUAUAAGCCCAAGUGACUUACCUGGGCCGGCGGCGGGGGAGGGGCGCGCAGGUGACACGGCCGGCGGAGCGCGCGGUUUCAGCAGCAGCAGCAGCAUGUCCGGCAGGAAGGACUGGUCGGCGCUGUCCAGCCUGGCCCGGCAGCGGAGCCUGGAGGAUGCGGAGGAGCAGCAGCGGGAGCACCGGCGCCGCCACCGGAACCUCAGCUCCACCGCCGACGCGGCCGAGGCGCCCCGGCCCGCCCAGGACAGAGGGCGGCCCUCCUCGGUCAGGCUGCCGAGCGUGGAGGAAGCAGAGGGGCCCACGCCACCAUCCCCAGGCUCCCGAGGGGAGAAGGAGGACGCCCAGGCCGUCCCCAGGACCCGGCAGGAGCGGAGACAGAGGCGACAGCUGGUGGAGGUUUCACAGACCCCCGUCCGGGAGCGGCUGGAGGCGGAGGAAGGAAGGGACGGCUCAGGCCCCGGGCCGGCUGAGCAGCGGCCCCCCACGCCCAAGAAGGAGGAGGGGGCGCCACCUCGCCGCAGACUGAGCCGGGAGCAGCGGGGCCCCUGGGCCCGGGAGGAGGAGAACCUGGUGGGCGGAGAGCCAGGAGGCGGGCAGCAGGGGGUCUCGCAGAGGAAGCCCUCUGCUCCAGAGGGGGUGGGGGCUCUGGAGAACAGGCCCAGCGCACGGGCAGCCUCCAGCUCUGGGAGCUCAUUGCUGUCCGAGAGGGCGGCGGUGUCAGAGAGAAAAAAAACAGUUCUAGAGAAAACAGGCAUCUCCGAGAAGGUGCCAAACCCAAGGAAGACGUCAAGUUCAGAACGGAGUCUGGUGUCUGAGAGAACGUUGCUCUUCGAGAAGUCAUCGACCCCAGAGACAAAGCUGGUCCCCAAGAGAGCCUCCGGCUCAAAGCAGCCCCCGCCCGGGGAGCAGCCCAACCCUCGGGAGCAGCCCCCGCCCUGGGAGCAGCACCAGCCUCGGGAGAAGCCCCAGCCUCAGGAGCAGCCCAAGCCUCAGGAGAAGCCCCAGCCUGAGGAGCAGCCCAAGCCUCAGGAGAAGCCGCAGCCCAGGGAGCAGCCUCAGGAGCAGCCCCAGCCCAGGGAGAAGCCUCAGCCCGAGGAGCAACCCCAGUCCGAGGAGCAGCCCCAGCCCAGGGAGGAGUCCCAGCCCAGGGAGGAGCCCCAGGCCCAGGUUCAGCUUCAGGCCCAGGAGCAGCCGGUGGCUGGGGGAGGCCAGAAAGCCGCUGCUCCCGCUGGGAAGGACCAGCUGUCCUCGGCAGAGCCAGGGACAUGCCGCCCUCUGUCCAGGACCGCUAGCCUCCCGCCCGUCACACUCAAGGUGAAAAUUCCUAGGAAGGAGGAAGAGGAGGGCACGUCCCCCUCCCCCAGGGCCACCUACAGCAGCUCCCUGCAGCGCUCCAGCCCCAGGACCAUCUCCUUCCGGAUGAGCUCCAGGACAAACAGCUCCGAAACAACCCUAACCCGAAGCGCCAGCGUGAGGCUCCCGGUGAAGCUGGGCGAGAAGCUGGAGAGAUACCAGUCAGCUAUCCAGAGAUCUGAGUCCAUCAAGGCCCUGGGUGCCUCCCGCACAGAGUUCUUCGUGGCGCCUGUGGGGGUGGCCAGCAAGCGCCACCUCUUUGAGAAGGAGCUGGCAGGCGCGGGACGCACGGAGACGGCCGCCAGCCGGAAGGAGAACCUGAAGCUCUCUGGGGCCGUGACAUCAAGGCUCAAACUGUGGAUCAGCAGGACCCAGGAGUCCAGGGAGGAGGACCCCCAGGAGGUGCAGGGAGAGUCGGCCGCCGCCCGGAGGACCCCCGGGGAGAAGAGAGCAGACUCGUCCCUGGAUGCUGAGGUGUGACCAGCCCGCCCGCCCGCCCGCUCUGCGCCCAGGGCCCUCCCUCCGGCCCGGCCGGCCUCCUGCAGCUGCGUCCCCGCCUCACACCACCCCGAUCCCUCUCUCCUCGGGCCUGGGCCAGACCGUCCGUCCGUCCGGGAGACCCCCGCAGCCCCGUCCCUGCGGCCCAGGG